CCCUCCAAGCCCCUUAAGCUCAUUUCCUUUCCCAGUUGCAGUUUCCAGAAGUCCGUGAUUGAACAUGGCUGAGGAGCAGGGAAACGGCUAUGGGUUGUACAGACCUCAAAUAUACCUGUUUGGUUGUGAGCUGAAGCCAGAGAAAAGGGAAUACAAAUAUGAUCUGGAAGAUAAUGGAGCAGAACAUCAGCUGUGUCUCAAGUCGAUAUGUUUGGGAGUGGAGGCAGUAGAUGAGUUUCACACAGUAGAAAUUGAAGGCAUGAACUAUGAAGGAACAAUGACAAAAGUGCAACUUGCAGUUCUUAAACCAUCAGUUAUUCCAACUAUAAGUCUAGGAGGCUUUGAAAUCACACCUCCAGUCACAUUCCGCCUCAAGUCUGGCUCGGGUCCCGUAUUUAUCAGUGGCCAGCACUUUAUCAGUGCAAAGCAGGAGGAGGAAGGAUACGAAGAGGAGAAUAAUACAUCUCCAGUGAAGAGACUUUCAAACUCCAAUUCAAACUCCCUUCUUGCCCCGAAGAAGCUGAAGUUUGAUAACGAGGAAGAUGAUGAUGAUGAAGAGGAGAAUGAUGAUGAAGAUGACGACAACGAUGAUGAUGAUAAAAAGGAGGAGGAUUCUCCACCAAAAACACCACAGAAAAAUGAGACUCAGGGGAAGAAAAAAACAGAGCCAAAAUCUGCGUCCAAACACAACGGCGCACCUGGGAAAACUGGAGCCCAAGCAGCCAAGCCACAGCCCAAGACCAGACCACUUACCACAAACAUCUUGGGCCUACCAUUAAAUAGAAACCAGACUCCACAUCAGAAAAAAGAAAAGUCUGGAGCCAUUGAGAGCCUCAGCGUGAAUGAAGUCAAGGACAAACUAAAAACAAUGGUUAGCGAGGGACAUGCCCUACCAAAAACACAGAAGAAAUUUGUAAACUAUGCGAAAUACACAUACAAGAUUGUAGAUCAGAAGGUAGCAGAAGAACUCUGGAACCAUUUACAGAAAUUGAAAGCCGAGAAGAAAUAAUUAUCUGUUUUGUUUUUUGUCAUCCGUACUGAAAAUAGUUUUGUUUAUGUUUUUAUUUGACAUUUUUUAAAAACAAGUUGUCAUUAUAUGCCCUGGUAGACAUGCAUAACUAGAACAGUAUGUUUCCUCAAAUGAAUUGGAGUGCCCAUGCACGACAAUGAUACUUCCAUUAACAAGUUAUGUAGAUGUGUAGUAUUUACUGUUCAUACUUGCAUACAUACAGAAUUAAUACUGCAGAAAAAGAAUAUGAAUGGCAAAUGUAAUUUAAAUACAUUGUCUCAUACACCCACCUAGUUAUUACUACUUGGCCAUGAUAGUGAAUAUCACCUGCCCCACCAGCCACAAAUUAUGUUUUAAUGUCACUUUUACCCACGAAUCUCUUAAACAUAUUUGGAAAUCCAAAUACUAUUUGUUUUGGGGAGUGUUGUUAUUCAAAUCAUGAUUGGGACCUGAAGGAUAAA